AUGCCUCAAAACGGCGAGACAGCCCCCCUUCUUGGAGGUAUCCCUAACCUCGCCCGCAAUGCCGUUGCUCAGGACGAGGCCGCCCGCGCUCGUCGCGCAGCAACUGUCCGGGCAGUGACCUAUUCAAUACUCACGACUGUGUUCGUAGUCGCUCUCGCGGGUUUGUUGCUCUUCUGGGACAAGCUAUCGGGUGUGGUGGGACGGUUGCCGAAGGACCCGCACAAGGCUGCGCUGUUGAUCUUGGAUAGCGCUCCUGUUAUCGACGGUCAUAUAGAUUUGCCAAUUCUGGUCCGGACUGCAUACUCGAACAACGUGUCUGCCAUUGACCUAAGCAAGUCGUUCGAGGGCCACGUCGACAUCCCCCGUUUGAGGGAGGGAAAGGUCGGAGGCUUCUUCUGGUCCGUAUACGCCGACUGCCCUUCAGUAGAGGAGCAAAGCGACGACUUCAUCAAGCCCACAAACCGCGUGCGCGAUACAUUGGAGCAGAUUGAUAUCGCAAAGCUACUCAUCAAUAAGUACUCAGACACUUUUGCGUGGACUCUAAGCGCAAAGGAGAUUAAGGCCGCCAUUAGUCGCGGCCAAAUUGCAUCUCUCCUUGGAAUAGAGGGUGGGCACCAGCUCGGCAAUUCUAUCGCAACACUUCGCCAAUAUUAUGACUUGGGGGUCCGCUACGUGACGCUCACGCAUAUGUGCCACAACGCCUUCGCCGACUCCUGCGGCAUAUUCGUUGGCAUUGAGCCCUUACAUGGCGGCCUGAGCCCUCUCGGGCGCUCGCUCAUCGAAGAGAUGAACCGUAUCGGAAUGCUCGUUGAUUUGAGCCAUACCUCGGAUGACACCGCUAAGCAAGCCCUCAAGCACACGAAGGCUCCUGUCAUCUGGAGCCACUCGUCGGCGCGCGCUGUACACAUUGUGCCGCGGAAUGUGCCCGAUGAUGUGCUUGAGCUGAUUGGAACGGGCCCGAACAAGACGGAUGCAGUUGUCAUGGUCAAUUUCGCGCCGUAUUUCGUCGCCCCGUCUGGAGAGGCGGAUGUAAAGUGGGUCGCCGACCAUGUCGAUCAUAUCGCGAAGGUGGCUGGCAAGGAACAUGUUGGUCUUGGAAGUGAUUUUGAUGGUAUCGGUGAAGUACCCAUCGGCCUCGAGGAUGUCUCCAAGUAUCCGGCACUUGUUGCUGAGCUGUACAAGCGGGGAUGGAACGCGUUCGAACUCGCCGGUCUCACCGGAGGAAACCUCCUUCGCGUUUUGGAGGGCGCGGAACGUGUUGCCGCUGAUCUACAGAAGAACGGUGCGCAACCGGUCACAGCGAUAUAUGAGAAGAGGAAAGAUCUUUGA